UAUAAUUAUUUAACGAAUGCAACAUAGAGUUUAAUUGUAGUAGAUUAAUUAGAAUACAAAUGUUAUUCCGAUCUCGAUUAUGCAAUCCCUCAAGGGUUUGAGCAAGUAUUUCAAAAAGGAGAAAUGCACAUAAAUUUAGAGAUCUUGUACCUCAUUAUCUCCAAAACAGAACAUAACUCGAAAGAACUCCAAUCAAGUUGAGAAUCAACUAUUGAAUUUUGUGAAUAGUAAUGAGAACAGAUCAGUUCCAAAUUUGUUCGAAAAUGUCCAAAAAAAGAAUGCAAAUGCACCUCGCAAUCAAAAAGUGCCAAAGGGUAGAAGUUCAUCAAUAAUAAUGAACAAUAUGAGUCAGGAGGAUUGGAAAUCCAAAUACAUGUAAUUGAAGGAAACCUUGAAUCAGAGGAUUGUUACCCUCGAAUAAGAAUUAGAAAGGAUUUAUGGUAUUGAAAAUAAUGCAACUAGUAUUAUCGAUUAAUUAAAUCAUUAAAUAAAUCAACAGAAUUUAUAAUUAGAAGCAUAUAGGAACAGAGUAAGAGAGAUUGAAAUAGAUUUGGAAAAUAAGAAUCAAUAAAUAAAAAAACUAACAAUUGAUAACAAUUAAUUCUAGAUAAUAAUCAAUGAGAAAAAUAACUAAAUAGAUCUGUGGAGAUAAGAUUUGAGAACACCCAAACAACCGUUUCUAACUACUGCAAUGAAAUAAAUUUAAUCAAUCUUUGAAUAAUUGGAGGUAUAACAUCAAUCAGUAUUUUUAGAAUUCACAAACUAAUUAUAAAAUUCAUACACCAUUAAGUCAAAAUUUAUCAAUAUCUUCUUCGUCAAUGGUUGAAAUGAUAAAUGAAAUGAAAGAGUCUUCUUGA